UAUAGGAAGAUAGGAGAAAUGAGUCUCAUGUUCUCUGGACAUGCAGGAGUGAUGGUGGUUCUGAUGAUCCUUGCUCUGUUCCUGUCUUUGUUAUCAUUGUCAUCAGCACAGCGUCCGAACAUCGUGUUCAUCGUGGCAGAUGACUUAGGUUGGAAUGAUGUUGGUUUCCGGAAUCCUGACAUGAAGACCCCAAACAUCGACAAACUGGCCACAGAAGGAAUCAUCUUCGAAAAUGCAUAUGUACAGAAUCUGUGCAGCCCAUCCCGUACCGCCUUCAUGAGUGGAAUGUAUCCAUUCCACGCAGGCAUGCAGCAUGAGGUACUGCUCCCUGGUCAAGCAGUAUGUGUGCCCCUCAACUAUACCUUCCUGCCGCAGGAAUUAAAGAAACUCGGCUACGCUACCCACAUGAUCGGAAAAUGGCACCUGGGUUUCUGCAAGUGGGAGUGCACACCAACGUACCGAGGCUUCGAUACUUACUUUGGCUACUACAAUGCGGCUGAAGACUACUACAAUCACUCUACUGGGUGGGAUCCUUCACUAGACUACCAUGAUAAUCUGCUCCAUGCACGAAACUAUUCCGGUGUAUAUUCUGCAUUUACGUUCGCCCAGAGAGCCGUUGACAUCAUCCAUCAACAUAAUGCUUCACAGCCUCUGUUUAUGUACCUUCCAUAUCAGAAUGUACAUGCGCCUAUUGAGGUCCCCAAGAUGUAUGAGGAUAUGUAUCCAAACGUGGUCAACACAGGACGAAGAAUAUAUAGUGGAAUGGUGUCUGCCCUGGAUGAGGCGGUCGGAAAUGUUACCCAGGCCCUGAAGGAUCGGGGCUUGUUUGAAAAUACUCUCAUUCUAUUCACCGCAGAUAAUGGAGGUCCUCUUGAAAGGUAUGCCAACAACUGGCCCCUGAGAGGAGGGAAGCAUACAGUCUGGGAGGGAGGGACGAAGGGUGCAUCCUUUAUGUAUGGUGCGGGACUCCAGAAGACAAAGACUACAUACGACGGGAUGAUCCACGCCGUUGACUGGAAAUCUACUUUAGUAUCUGCUGCUGGAGGGACACCAGAAACUGACAUCGAUGGAAUGAGUCAUUGGGAUUCUAUUCGAAGUGGCCUACCCUCAUCAAGGACAGAGUUCAUCUACAACAUUGACGAUUUUGAAAUUCCAGUCGAAGGACAUGCUGGUAUAAGAGUAGGAGACUACAAGCUGAUCCUCGGAUACCCUGGAGGUCCUGAUGGCUGGCACAGACCCAUGAACAGGACUCAGGAUGACAUAUUUGAACAGACAGUUUAUACCAAAGGAGAUCGUCCAAUCCACCUCUUCAACAUUCGAGAGGAUCCGACUGAGCACAACGACCUUGCACAACAGAUGCCAGACAUGGUUGCCAAGUUGCGUGCCCGGUUUGAGGACUACAAGAAGACGAUGGUUCCGGCCAAUUUCCCCAAUACAGAUCCUGCAUCUGACCCCAGAUUGUAUGGCGGGGCUUGGACUCCUGGAUGGUGCUGACCUGAUGGUUUUAUGUCAAUAUAUCCAUGUAUGGAC